AUGAAGCUUUUCACCCUAUCUCUCCAUCUCCUGGCCCUUGAAGUGCAUCUCGCCAGUGCCGCCCCCAAGCCGCAGAAUCCUAGCAAAGGCGAGCUAUACUUUCUUCAAGAUAACCCAACGGGAUCAUCAGUGGUUUCACUGAGCAUUGGCCGCGAUGGCAAGCUGUCCGCACCGCGCCACACAUCUACAGGUGGCAGAGGCUUCGGUAUUGCCGGCGCGAAUGGUCAACUUGUUCCUGCUGGAUUGCACUCUCAAGACGCCCUCGUUGUGGAUUACCCUUGGCUGCUCACUUUGAAUUCCGGUUCAAACACAGUCUCGCUGUUCGAAAUCCCCGCAAACGACCCUUCGCGACCUGUGUUGGCCGGAAAGCCCGUCUCAACCAGCGGCGAAUAUCCCAACACGGUGGCGCUCUCAGCCAAGCAUAGACUUGCAUGUGUGGCCAACAGCGGUGCCGUCCCCGGCGUGCAAUGCUAUUCCAUCUCCAAACAGGCCCGUCUCGAGCCCCUGGGCAAGCUGAAGCCGUUGAAAGUCAACCAGCCAACGCCCCCUCCCGCAGCAGCGGGCACCGUCUCCGAUAUCCUCUUCAACCCUUCCCAGACCGCCAUCUUCGUCACAGUCAAGGGAGACGGCAGCAACAACAACACAACCCCGGGCUACAUCUACGUCUACCCGUUGAUCAACGGCGUACCAAGCGACCACCCCGUUAUUUCCCGGCCGUCGCAGUUGCACGCCGACUUUGCUCUGACCUUCAUCUCGGACAGACGCGCAGUCAUCGCAGACACCACCUUUGGCGCCGCGUUCCUCGACAUCGCACAUGAUUACAAAGUCAGCGUGAGCCGUGUCAUCGACGUCGCCGGCCAGAUGGCCACUUGCUGGAUCAAGUACGUGCCCGAAUACGACCUCGUGUUCCUGGGCGACGGCGGAGUUGCCGACAUCACCGUGCUGGACGCCGCGAGCGAAAAGAUCAAGUACGUUAUCCCGCUUCCCGCUGCAUCGGGCGGUUCCUUUGAUUUCGCCUUUGUGGGCAACCAUCUUUAUACUCGCAAGGGAAAUUCUGCCGUCUCGGUCCUCGACUUGAGUGAAAGCGAUAAGCGCAUUCCUAAGCUUGUUGAACUGUAUAACACGAGUUCUAUCGGAGCUGCCGCCGACUUUAACGGCAUGGCGAUACUUACUUAUUAA